CUCCACAGUCCCCGGCGAUCCGCGUCGUGCUCAUCGCAGCAAAGUCCAGAAACAUCCGACGAAGACAGGCAACGAGAGGCGAGAGCGUGGAUAAUGGCAUUAAGGGUGGUGUUCUCCAACAGGAUCCCGCUGGUGCGCGCCAUGGAGAACCUCCUGGCCGCGUCCUCCGGGUCUGCUCUCAGGCCGGCUGCCGUCGCCGGCGGCGUCCGCGGGUACAACGCCGGCGCGCCCCUCCGUAGCUACGACCGGGACGAGGCGGUCGAGCGCAGCCCCCGCGGCGGCGCGCGCGAGCGCGACGUCGGCGUGCCCAGCUUCUUCUCAGGUAAUGUGUUCCGUGAUCCGUUCAGCGCGCCGCAGAGCCUGGGCCGGCUGCUGAGCAUGCUGGACGACGUGUCGGCGGCGUCCCCCGACGGAGCCGCGCGGGCCGCGCCGAUGCGGCGCGGGUGGAACGCGAGGGAGGACGCGGACGCGCUGCGGCUGAGGGUGGACAUGCCGGGGCUGGGCAAGGAGCACGUGAAGGUGUGGGCGGAGCAGAACAGCCUGGUGAUCAAGGGCGAGGGCGAGAAGGAGUCGGAGCAGGAGGGCGCCGACGCGCCGAGGUACAGCGGCCGGCUCGAGCUCGCCGGGGACGUGUACCGGAUGGACCAGAUCAAGGCCGAGAUGAAGAACGGCGUGCUCCGGGUGGUCGUGCCCAAGGUCAAGGAGGAGGAGCGCAAGGACGUCUUCGAGGUCAACGUCGACUAGACAGGAUCAUGCCCAAGUUUCGCGUCACGGAAUAGCCGAGUCGUCUCGUGUUAGCAAUGUGGAAUAACCAAAAUGUCACGAGUUUUUUUAUAUUUUUGUUGGUCCUGUCGAGUCUGGUUGUGAUGGUCUCGUGUUGUGCACGUACGACUUCGGUCCGGUUUUAUUGGUAUCAAAUUAUUUCUUUCCCAAUCAAA